UGCACACAUCACACAGCUACGUUAUUCAUCCGGCCUCUGUCCAUAGUUAAUCAGUACUACGUACGUAGAGUACAGCCAGUAUUGGAUACAUAUGUAGCUGCAGAUUAGAGAGGAACUUCUUCAUUUACCAUGUACUAGUUGAUCUGAUUGCUAGCUAGCUGGAUAGGAUUUUAUGUAAGAUUAAUUAGCUUGGGCAGUUAAAAAUAUUACUAUCUGCAUUUUUAGAAGCUCAGCUAGUGCAUGCAUGCAUCAUGUUGGUGGUGGAGAAUUCAAAACGCCGGCUACUUUCGAGGCAGUAGAAUAGUUUGCAUUGCGCAUAUAUAUAUAUAUAUAUCUUGUUAUAUAUAUCUGGAUUUAUCAUGCUUCUUCAUCACAUAUCUUGUUAUAUAUAUAUCUGGAUUUAUCAUGCAUGCAUGCACAGUAUAGAUUACUUGAUGGAACAAGUUUUUUUUUCAUCAAUCCAUUUACAGUAUGCCAUACUCCCUCCAUCCCAAAAUAAGUGUCUUAGCUUUAGUAUAACUUUUUAAAAUUAGUACAAAGUUGAGACAUUUAUUUUGAGACAGAGUUAGUGUUAAAUAAACACAUUGACUCUAGCCGUGAUUUCAGUUUCCUACAUUGGACAAGUGAAGUGUGGUAGCUGCUCAUUGACACAAUGGAACAAGUUGACAUUUGGGCGCCCAUCUUGGCCGAUCCUAUUACAAGCCAACAGGCGGAGAUUAAAGUUCACUCAGCAUAUGUGGAUUAUGGCACCAUGGACUUUCAAGCACUCUUAGAAGGACCCCAUGAUUUGGACGGAUGGCUGAAAUGUGCAUUCGUUCCUAAUUAUAUAAAGGAGGCGAAUUUAACUCAUGAGAUUGAAUGUAACAUUUAUUCACCAACUAGUGAUCAUGGCAUGACAAUACAAACACCUAUGCCUGCUCCACCAGAGGCGUUGCCUGAGAAAGAGCAGGCCCUGCACCACGACUCUCAACGGGGGAGGAGGAGAAGAGGAGGAGAUGAAAGAGGGAGGAGGGGCCAUGUGCCCGCCGCCUUGUCACCAACGAAGCAGGAGGCUUGCGGCCACCGCCACACCGCCGGAGGAGGGGACCUGCGAUCUACUAGAUUACGUACCGAAAAGUGGUUGGAGGCAUGGAAGUCGUGUGAGAAGUGCACGGGAGAGAGGAACAUGGUUGAUAAACAUGGAACCAUGCCAAAAACGUGGGCACAGAAGAAACAAUGACCAUUGGACAUCUGAAGAGGUGAACGAAUUAGUGGAUGGCAUAUCUGCAUAUGGUGCUAGCCAAUGGGCUAAGUUGAAGAACGAAAGGUUUCGAAUAUCAGCUCGAACGGCGGAGCAUCUUAAGGAUAAGUGGAGAAACCUAGUGAAAGCCUUCACGGGAAAUGUGAAAAGAAGGAACUCGCCUCGUCUAGAUAGGGAUUGCAUUGAAAAGAACGAGAGGCUUGCAGCUGAUUACCCUCGAAAAUGAAGCUCCAGUCGCGAAUGCUAGAAGAAACGCCAUAUGGUACUUCUGCUGUAGCAAUGGUCCAGCAACAAUAGUUCUGUUGUUUUUCAAGAACUGCGAAGCAUAGGCUGUCAUAUUAAGUGUGUCGAGAGUAGAGAGUAGAUUGAAUCAUCUGGAUGGAGCAGCUUCUAUCUGCUGCCUAACCGCCCUGUGAAUGGGAAUAACAGUAACACUCACUCCUCCGACCUGUUGGCUUGCCAGUUCUGCUACAUUGAUGUAAUUAGCUUGACCUUUCAUUUAACACAAUGACACAUUUUGCUGGAAGCUUAUGGUCAUAUGAUAUGAAUGGUGAAUGGAUCUGCACCAGUUACACACAUUGCUUCAAGCAGUCUCACUCGCUCCGCUCGAGGAAUAAUGCAGUUGAUAGCUCGAAUCGAGCACCUGUGACACGCCUCGACCUGAAGAAGCUUGGUGCCGCUGCCACCAAGCAACAGGUUUCUUCACCACUCUGCUAGUGCCUUGAGCGAUCGUGAGGUGCCGG